CCUGGAUGUUUUUGUUUUGAUACAAAUUUCAUAAUUCAAUCUUCAUUUAACAAAUAUAUUUUUACAGCUAUAUUUUUAUUCAAUAAUUUAAGUUUCAAAACACCAUAAUAACCGAUGUGAGAUAUUUAAAAAUAUUAAUUGACAUUUAUGUCCAUCACCGCCCCUCGGUGAUAAUAAAUAAUUAACCGCUUGUUGUCUUAUAAGUUUACCUUCUCGUGAAGCAAUAAUGAAUGUAGAGGAGAACUGUAAAUUCGCUGCUUGCACGUAUUUCGCUAAAAAUCAUCCUGGUGAAACGUGCGGUAGCAACGGAUUGCCGCUUACUCCUAGUUCUGUAACUAUAUUAGGACGAGCUCAACGAUUACUGACGAUAGAACAUCCGAAUUUAUGCACCUACCUCGAUAUUAUUAGAGGGAAACAUGAAAGGAUAAUCGUCGUGGCUGAAGUAAUAGGUAAACCACUGUCGGAGCAUUUGUCUAAAUUUUCCAUCCCUGAGGUUACAAGCAUUGCUCUACAAGUGGCUAAGGCAAUGCAGUAUCUUCAUGAACAAGAAAUAACACACAGAAUACUCUCAGAUGAUAAUAUUUUAUUAGAUAAUUGUGGGAGAGUAAAGCUAUUCAAUUAUGGCAUGUUUUAUAUGACUGAUGGUGGAAAAGAAGUGCCGUUUCCUUUGGGACUUCCCCGGUACCUAAGCCCAGAAACAAUUCUUAAUGGUGGUGGUCCAUCAGCCGAUAUAUGGAACUUUGGUAUCAUCCUCUUAGAGCUAUGUCUGGGCAAAUUAUGGAGUAGUUUGAAGCCUGGGCCCAUUCUACGAAGGAUACUAACGUUGGUGCAUGCUAGUAAUCCUGCUGAAAGAAUUGCAAGGGAACAUGACUGUUUUGAAGCUUAUAAGGCUCUUCCAGAAAGCAUAAGAAAUAUAAUUGAAAAAUGUUUAAAAAUAUAUCCAAGUGAGAGAACGACUUUUACACAAGUAGUUGAGGAUUUAUCGAAAAUCAGUGAACAAAAGCCAAUAGAAGUGAAAACGCCAAGGGGGCUAUUAGGUUGUAAACUACAAUAUCUAUAUCACUGGUGGCAGUUAGCAGGCGGUGAUAUUAUAUCUGAGCUAAAGAAGAAUGGCUUGAUAAAGAAUAGCCCCCCUAUAUUGUCUAUGCCUAUAGCAAUACUGCUGGAUGGAUGUACAAUAGGAGGCAAGAAAAAUGCAUUAUUUGAUAGAAGAAUAGCAAAAUAUAGUUUGGAUAUAUUGAAAAACCGCCUCGCUCAUAUCUCACCACAUGAUUUUUACCCGUUAAUGCAUGAAAGAAGAAAAGAGUAUGACGCUGUUACUUUACCUAAGAUUAUUAGAGAAAAGGAUACUGAAUACCAAUUCUAUAGAUUAAUUUGGUUUCAGAGACUUUUGCAUGGUUACCCCUACACAGCUCAGUACAUAAGAGCACAAGCGGAAAUAGAUAUCCCACCUCUAGUGAGGGGGGAUGUUUGGGCAGCCCUAUUAGGGGUUGUUGGAGAUAUAGAGGACCAGUAUGAAAGGAUAGAUAAGGAGACCCCUACUCCUACUGAUAGACAGAUUGAUGUUGACAUACCGCGUUGUCACCAAUACUGCUGGUUGCUCUGUGGUAGAGCUGGUCACAGAACAUUAAAGCGGUUGUUGAAAGCCUGGCUGUUGACGAACCCGCAAUAUGUGUACUGGCAAGGCUUGGACUCGCUGACUGCACCAUUCUUGUACUUGAAUUUUUGUAAUGAAGCUCGUGCCUUCGCCUGCCUCUCGGCUUUCGUUCCCAAGUACUUACAUAAAUUCUUCCUAAAAGACAACAGUGCGGUUAUAAAGGAAUAUCUGGCUAAGUUCUGGCAGAUAACAGCCUUCCAUGAACCGGAGUUGGCAGCACAUUUACAUGAUAUUAACUUUGUGCCUGAGUUAUUCGCUAUACCGUGGUUCUUGACUAUGUUCUCUCAUGUAUUCCCGCUCCAUAAAAUCGUCCAUCUCUGGGACGCAUUACUAGUGGAAGGGCCACAAUUGCCACUGUUCAUGGGUGUAGGCAUUUUGCGGCAGUUACGAGACACCUUACUGGAUUCCGGUUUCAAUGAAUGUAUUCUGUUGUUCUCGGACCUGCCUGAAAUCGAUAUUGGCGAGUGUGUUAAGGAAUCCAUAGAGAUGUCACGCAGUACGCCGCGCAGCAUUAGCUAUAGACGAUUCACGAAUGAGCCUGAAAUAAGAGAUCCUAUGGAUGUGGUAGAAGUGCCUAUGGAGGUGUUGCUAGCUGAAAUAUGUCCUCGGAUCAACCUUUCUGAUUUCUUCUCGCUAACCUGCCAAGAGAAAUGCUGUUGCGUUGAUAUCAGAUCAAAUUUGCUGUACGAAAAGAGUUGCAUAGAGGGAAGCAUAAACGUACCCUACAGUGGGGUACACUUGGGUCAACAUGAGUUAAGGUCACUCGGAUUGCACCCUUAUCGAGUCUUGAGUGAGGCGAUUUCUUCAAAGAAAACUGUUGUCGUUGCGUCUGCUGAAGACGAAACUGCGCAAUUGUUCAGCGACUAUCUGGUGAAAUGUAAAGUGCCUCGAGUGUGUAUCCUCCACGGUGGAGUGAGUGCGCUACACUCGCACGUGCCUUCUCUCUUCACUGUGCCGCCGAAAAGGAAUGGCCAUAAGUGAAAAAAAAAAAAUUAGAAAAAU